AUGGCACCCAGCCCCAUCUUCAAUCUGAGCGCUCAAGACGCGGACAAGAUCUUGUCUGAGAUUCGCUCGUCCGGCUACAUCCGCGAAGUAGCUUCGGAUGUGCCCCCAGAAGAGUCGGGCCUGUGGGACGUGGUCCAUUUCGUGCCAGACUCUUUCCGCCCUUCCGCCAAGCUGGAGAGUUCAGAGGCCAUCAUCGAUCACGCUGUCGAGACGCUCAAGAAGCAGGAAUGGGAUAGCACAGCCAUCGUCCUGGCCGAUGAGCGCACAGCGAAGGACGGGUCUCUGCUCAUCUACAAUGUCGACUCCACGCAGCCCAAAGGCAAGAGGCUUGUUGGCAAAUUGCGUGCGGUGCCUAGAAGUGUCAUCGAGGUGGUGAGACGCAUGCAUGCGUCGUAAAAUCCCCAAACAACCUCGCUUACUAGCCCUUUGUGGUUCAUUUGCCCACCUUCUGCCUCUUCUCACGAAAAUGCCAUAGGUUUGCAACCUGCAGGUGUCUAACAUGGACCUAAAGGAGGUGAGUGCGAAGCACUGAUAUCGACAGCAGAUCCAGCAUUGGGAAUGUCCAACUAAUUUGACAUGCUCACGUCCAUCUUUGCCGCCGCUCUUGGCAGUACGCCAACUGUAUCAAGGAGGGCGACGUCUUUGACGCUGGCUCAUGA